AUGGCCGACGAAGCAGCUCGCGCUCACGCCGCUGAAGUGGCGCGCGCUCAAGAAGAAGGAAGAGAUCCACCUCCUCCUCCUCCAAGACCCUGCUGGAGAUGUGAAUGCACAACCCAAGCUGGAGCACCUACAAUCGGAGACUAUGACUCUGCCGAUGCUUUCUUCAUGGAUAGAAACCCUAUCCAUCCACCACUUCCUGCAAGGAAUGACUAUGAGAUCAAGCCUCAGAUCAUAGCAUUGGUUAGACAGAACCAAUUCAAUGGACUUCCAGCUGAGCAUCCUCUUGAUCACAUAGAAAACUUUGAAGAAAUUUGCAGCACUACAAGAUCCAAUGGAGUCUCUGCUGACUACCUUGAACUCACUCCAUCACCACUUGGGAUGAGUACAAGGCGCUUUCAUCAACCACUUCUACACCAAGCAAGAUCAAUUUCUGUGAGGAACAAGAUCUCCAACUUUCGCCAAGCCAACAAUGAAUCUUUCUAUGAGGCGCUAGAUCGAUUCAAGGAGUACAUUAGGGACUGCCCUAAUCAUGGUUUCAAUGAGGGAAACCUAUGGAACAUCUUCUAUCGUGGCAUAGACCACAAGUACAAGCUUUCAUUGGACACUGCAAGCAAUGGAAACUUCAUGACCAAGACUGUUGAUGAAGCUAAGGUUCUUAUUGAGAAUCUUGCAGCUAGUGAUUGUAACAACUGUCCUGAUUAUGACCGCUCAAGCCGCACCACUACUAGCUCCCCUGAUUCUUUUCAAAUGACUGAACUCAAGAACAUGAUGGCUCAAGUUCUUAAGGGACAGCUCAAGCAUAUCAAUGCAAUAGAAGGGAUGAGUGAUGCUAAUGAAGACCCAUCAAGAGAAUGCAUGGGAGAUUUCUCUAAUGAAGCCAAUGAAGAAGAUGUGAACUACAUUGGAAACUAUGGGAACAAGGGAUACAAUCCAAGCUAUCGCCCAAACCCCAACAUGUCUUAUAGAAACCCCAAUGUGGAGAAUCCUCAAGACCAAGUGUAUCCUCCAAGGUAUCCACAACAACAAAGACCUCCUUACCAAUCUCAAGGAAGUCAAUUUCAGCCAAGGCAAGGAUAUGAGCAGAGAUCAUCAUAUCCGCCCAAGGAGCCAUAUGCUUCUUCACCAAAUCAAGCUCCUCCAAACCAACAAGGUGGGAGAUUUGAAGGAAUCCUCCAACAGAUCAUGGAUGGCCAGAAGAGAAACACUAAAGAGAUGUAUGAGAAGAUGGACACUUUGUUCAGCAAUCUCAACACCAAGUAUGAUGCUGUUGCCACUCAUGUGAAGAAACUAGAGACUCAAGUCACUCAAACUAUGGAAGCUGUUAAGAGACAGGAAGCUGAAUCCAAGAAGUCCUUUUGCAACUCAGCCGCCAUAGAAGAAAGAUUUGAAGACCAAGUUCCAGAAUGGAUGCUUUCAAAACCUACUGUUGAUUGCAUGAUUUGGCCUGAAGAGAAUUACCCAGAGAGAGAGUCCAAUCGAGCUAGAAAGAGAAGACUCUUCCCAAAGAUUAUCCCCAAGACAGAUAACUCAGGAAAGUUUGUUGUGCCUUGUAUCAUCAAAGGUAACAUUCUUGAGCAAUCUUUGUGUGACACAGGAGCCAAUGUGAACAUCAUGUCUAAGAGGAUAGCUGACAAGAUAGGCCUCACCAAGAUAGAGCCAUCAUCCAUCUCCAUCAACUAUGCUGAUUCAUUCUCACAAACCCUAUGGCUUUGUGCCUAA